CUUUUCGUCCACUUGGUGGCGCUAACUGCUAAUGUACGUUAGUGUUCUUCUGUGGUUGUUCUGUUUCACUAAUGGCAGUGAAUUAAAGAACAAUUUAUGUUUUGUACACUGUAGCGUAUUUACAAAUUGUGUUGUUACUUAAUUACAUGACAGAAAAACCACGGCAACUGCCAUCCUGGAUGGCUGUGGAGGAGAAAGGAAAAUCGGAGGAAAACUGUCGCGAUCAGAGCACAACAAGAAAGAAAACAAAGAAGAAACUAGCUGGGAGGACUGUUUAUUACUGCAUGAACGAAAAGGAGCUUGUUGAAGCAGCCAUUGCUUAUCUUGAGAACAACGCCACCGGAGAAGAACAUGCUCAGCAGGUGACUGUUCCCAGCCAUGUAAAGACUGAGGAUCGCUUUACCAAAGACAAGAGGAGGGUUUCUGAUCUACAGGUCGUAAUGGAGUCGUCAGACUCUGAAGACCAGGAGAGGACACGUGUAUCAGAGACGGACGUAGAUAUUGCUGAGGAGGAAAACCUCCCCUACCGUAGCACCGGCCUCCGAGAAGAGCUGUCAGGGACUGGGGGUCAAAGUAAAGGACCAGGGCAGGAUUACAGUCUGGUGGACCCCAGACUAUUAAGAGAAAAACCAGAUGGACACUCACUGGCACCCUCAACUACAGCAGACGACGAUGCCCUUCAGCUUGUUCGAGAUAUUUUCUUCACCUGAACUUAGCCUCCUGUUGUUUAGUAAGAAUGUGUAGUCUCACAGUUGUAGGGGAAUUUUUGUUUUUACAACAGGACCUGAUGCAGAAGUUAUAUUUUUAUUUGACAGAAAUUAUAAAACAAACACUGAUACAUCCCAAAAAGUUCAUUUUGUAACAUUAAACAAUGACUUCUGGAAACGGAACUGUAAUGUAUUUGCAUAUACAUGUAUUAAUACCUAUA